AUGGCCAAGACCACCUGUGAGGUAGAUACGAAUGGCUCUUGGACUAUGGAGAUGAUUGUCACCGCGGUUGAGAUCAUAGACGAUAAAAUUAGCUGGAUCAAGCAGACCAUUUCGACACCUUGGGUUUCAAAAGUCAUUGAACUACUUUUUAACGAGCUUGAGCUGCUCAAGGAAUUACUCUUGAUCCUACAAAAUAUAAAAAAGGACAACCCCAAAUUCCUGGGGCCACAAAAUUUUGGAUCCUCAAUUAUCAAAUGCGGCGAUUUACUGAAGGAGCUUGGUGACGAUUUUAUAUAUAGACUCUGCCAAUUAUAG